AUGCUAAACUCAUUCACAAAGGCAGGCCUCCUGCUGAGUCUUGCCUUCAGUACUGUUUCAGUAGCUGAGGAUGUAAUCACAAGUGACACUUAUUUUUAUGGAGGCUCUCCCGCAGUCUAUCCAACUCCUGAGGGAACUGGUGCUGGGGACUGGAAGUCUGCCUACCAGAAAGCUAAAGCAUUAGUUGCAAAGCUUUCGGAUGAUGAGAAGGUCAACCUGACUUCCGGUGUUACCUCAAAGACGGGAUGCUCAGGAUUUAUCCAAGCUAUUGACCGCUUGGGAUUCCCUGGUAUGUGUGUCAGUGAUGCUGGAAAUGGUCUUAGAGGAACCGACUAUGUCAAUGGUUGGGCUUCGGGAAUCUCCGUUGGAGCCAGUUGGAACGCUGAUCUUGCAAAUGACCGAGGUAUAUACAUGGGCAAGGAAUUCCGGACCAAGGGCGUCAACAUGAUCCUCGGUCCUGUCGUGGGCCCUCUCGGUCAUAUUGUUCUCGGUGGCCGUAACUGGGAAGGCUUUUCCAAUGAUCCUUACCUCAGUGGAAUUCUGGUCUCUGAGUCUGUCAAGGGUCUCCAGUCUCAAAAUGUUGCCACUUCUCUCAAGCAUUUUAUUGGAAACGAACAAGAAACGAACCGCAACCCAAGCACUGACUCUGAUGGCCAUGCAGUCCAGUCAGUUUCUUCCAACAUCGAUGAUAAGACAAUUCACGAACUCUAUCUGUGGCCCUUCCAAGAUGCUGUUCUUGCUGGAGCUGCUUGCGUUAUGUGCUCUUAUAACCGAUUGAACAACUCAUAUGCGUGCCAGAACAGCAAGUCUCUAAAUGGCUUGCUGAAGACUGAGCUUGGGUUCCAAGGAUACGUUGUUACUGAUUGGGCUGCUCAACAUGCAGGUAUUGCUAGUGCCAAUGCUGGACUGGACGUUGUGAUGCCUUCUUCCAGUGUCUGGGGCAACAAUCUGAUCACUGCUAUCGCAAAUGGAACCAUGGAGGCGUCCCGACUGGAUGACAUGAUUACCAGACUUAUGGCCACAUGGUACUAUCUAGACCAGGACUCUGCUUUCCCCAAUCCUGGUGUCGGUAUGCCUAGCAGUGGACCUGCAGCUCAUCAAGCAGUGAUCGCAACCUCCCAAGCGGCCAAGCCUGUCCUUCUUCAGGCAGCUAUUGAAGGCCACGUUUUGGUUAAGAAUACCAACAACGCGCUCCCUCUUAAAUCGCCCAAGCUGAUUUCAGUUUUCGGCUACGAUGCUUACACUCCUAUGGCAGUCGAUCUUACCACCUACUAUGACUUUUCUACAGAUAGAUCACCCCUCUAUCAGAAUGGAACUCAGUGGGUUGGUGGCGGCUCUGGUGCUAAUUCACCUGCCUAUGUCGAUGCCCCUAUCAGCGCCAUCCAACGCCGAGCCUAUGAUGAUGGCUCUUCUGUUCUCUGGGACUUCACUUCUGAGGCUCCUUCUGUUGACUACACUUCCGACGUGUGCUUGGUCUUUAUCAACUCCUAUGCUACUGAGGGUGAAGAUCGUCAGGCACUCUCCGACACCUACAGUGACGCGAUCGUGACCAAUGUUGCGGAUCACUGCGCUAACACGAUUGUCGUUAUCCACAACGCUGGAAUCCGCACCGUCGAGGCUUGGGUUGACCACGUUAACGUGACUGGUAUCAUUUACGCCCACCUUCCUGGCCAGGACACCGGUCGGGCCUUGGUGGAGAUUCUCUACGGAGAUUCCAACCCCUCUGGCAGACUUCCCUACACCGUCGCUAAGAACGAGUCCGACUACGGCUCUGUUCUUGAGCCUUCCGAGCCUGAAGGAAUCUACGAGUACUUCCCUCAGUCGGACUUCACUGAGGGUGUCUACAUCGACUACCGCUACUUUGACAAGUAUGAUAUUGAGCCUCAGUAUGCUUUCGGCUACGGUCUGUCAUACACCACUUUCGGUUACUCUAGCUUGAAGGUUUCGAAGAGUUCUUCCUCAUUCACCUCCUACCCAGCGAGCGCCUCAAUUCUUCCAGGUGGAAACCCCCGUCUCUUUGAUGACCUGGUAACUGUCACCGCCAAGGUGCAGAACACUGGUAACGUCAGUGGCCAGGAGGUGGCUCAGCUUUACCUUGGUAUUCCCAAUGGACCUAUCCGCCAGCUUCGUGGAUUCUCCAAGGUCUCGAUUAACCCCGGAAAGACCACUACUGUGACUUUCAGUUUGACUCGUCGUGACUUGAGUACUUGGGAUAUCGAUGCGCAGGAGUGGCUCUUGCAGCGUGGGACAUACAAGAUCUAUGUUGGUCGUAACAGCAGAGAUCUUCCUCUUGAGGCCACUUUGACCAUCUAA